UGAUGAAAACAUACCAGUGAAUGCAGCUAUCGCAGGCCAGUGAUCGAAAGUCGCCCGUUUCGUUUUCCAUUGAAGACGCCAAUCACCUAUAAAACGGCUAUGGAUAAAAUGUUCAAGAUGACGGUGUUGUUGUUUGCUGCCCUGCUGACGACCGCAUCGCUAGCCCUCGGAAAGGAGACGACCUACAAAACGGACGAUGUGUCCGUGUCGGAGCUCUUCUCGCUGCGUAUCGAGCCGCGUAUGUUCAACUGGACUUACGAAGGGCUGAGCGAGCAGUUUCUGUACCGUUCUUCGCUUGAAGGCUAUCCGGAUCUGCCGUCCUGGAUUCGCUACAUGUACAGCCCCGAGUACCAUUCCGGCUUUCUGUACGGUACACCUCCGCUUCGGACGGCCGAUACGCGGGUGCCGAUCGAAAUCAUUGCCCUGAACCGGCUGACGUACGAGACGAAGCGGCUCAUACUGAUGCUUGCCAUCCACCGGAAGCAACCAGCCAAGCACGUAAUCCAGAUGAAGAUUGACAACCUGAACUGGGUGCACAUGAUGGAUCCGGGACGCAUCGAGAACCUGAAGAACAUCUUCCGCAACGAUCUGUGGCUGGAGAGUCGGCCCGAUUUGCACGUCAUUUUUAUGGAUUCUGCCGUGAAGCUGGGUGCACGGUUACCGUUGCGUCCGCAGCAAAGGGAAGGGGUGGUAGUACACCUUGGCAGCAGUGCCGAGUUCUCGAAACGCAUGCUGGAACUGCAGGAAGAAGUGAAGCCCCUGUACAAGAUAUCGUCCUGCACGUACAAACGAACCUCCGUGCAGACGACGUUCGAAAACUCGGGAUUCAAGCUGGACUGGUGUGCUUUCCGGAUGGUUGCUACGGAAGAUGAUAUAAAAGCGCUUCCGCAUCAUCCCAACGAAAGCCAUAAGCAUGGUGCAGGUCGGAAGGAACAUCAGCAUUUUCAACUGCCACACAGUUUCCCGGACAAGUGGGAUGCACCGCUCAAGUCCGAGGUGCCGGAGCGUAACUAUAGCGACGAGAUUGCCAUAUCGUUUGCCAUUCCGGGCAUGAUAUUUGCUCUGCUGCUGUGCGGUCUCACCAUUAUCCUUUGCUUCCAGCACGAGAAACUGCAUGACGACGAUUCAGAGUAUUAUUUCAAUUAUGUUUUCUACAUUUGCACUGAUUUUCUUAGAAUGCAAAAAUCUUCCCGUACCGAGUACAGUCCAGCCGCACCGAACGUACAGAUGGUGCACUACUCUCCGGAUGACAUCAAGUCCACGAUCAAGCUCAAGAGUCUGCGCGACGUACCGUUCGAUGAUACCCACUCGAUCAGUCCGACCGAUAGCUUCUAUCGCGAGGGCAGCCCCCACAUUGGCAACAUGUACAUGCGCCCCAAACCUCCCCCAUACAAGCUGGCGGGCAAUGCCAACUCGCCAACGUUGAAGCGCAAUGGGAACGUUGUUCUGCUAAUUUUAUGUAAAGCAAAGGCAAUCUUCUCACUUUGCUGCUUACAUACUGCAACCCUCUUUUAG